GGGUAAAGUUAUUUAUUGCCGUUUUUUUUUUUUAAGAGAAGAAAGCUACUAUUGUAACAAUUUUGUGUCAUCUUGCUAAAGUGGUGCUCAACUCGUAAUUUGUGACCAUGAAUAACGGUACCGCCAACGCGUACUACGAUAUGCGAUCCUUUCCCGAUCUGGUGGUAAGCCUGGCUGCGGAAAACACCAAGAUGCCCAACACGCGACAAUCCUACAAUGGGCAGGGUGGUUACAAUACGAAGCUUUCUAAUUAUUAUCAGCAAUCUGCACCAUUUGUACCGCAAAUGUACGGCAAUAGUCUGCAGAAGCAGCGCUAUGCACCGUACGCAAGCCGCAACUACGGAGGAGGUGUCAACGCUAACAACACCCUUAGCAACUACGGCGGUGCUACGAAUCAAAGCAACCUGCCGCAGCCGCUUCUACCGCCAGCACAACAAAGCCAGCAACCACAGUCACAUUUGUCGUCCGCGUUUCAAUCCGCUAGCACCUGCUUCAGCCAGGUGCCGGUGCCCAUUAACAAGUCGUUGAACUCGUCGCUGAACAGUAGCAGCUAUUCCGAUUCCGGUAAGAACUCCACCUUCUUCAGCAGUAAUCAGAGCGGGUGCAGCAGCCCACAUCAGAGCAACUACUCGAACGAUAGUGGCAGCAUGGUCAGCACCGGUAGCAGCAGUACGAUUAACACGAGCGGUGGCCUGGGAACUUGCUCCAGUACAUCCAGCUCCUCGGUGUCGCCGGUGCCACAAGUACCACCACCACCACAACCACCAUCAUCAUCAUCAUCAUCGCAGCCACUGUCUGCAGCACUGCUGAGUGCGAGUGUGGAUCCGUCCGAUCAGAAGGAGAUGGUAGUGCUUCAGAUUAGCAAUCUGGAUUCGUCCAUCGAGGAGCACAAGAUGCACCAGUUCUUGAUGUGUCAGCUGAAACCCAUCACUCCCGUUAUUUCGCUGACGAUUGAAAGUCCUUCGCUGGCAAAGGUAAAAGUACCCACGGCACAGUGUGCCAAACAAGUGGUUGCCAAUCUGCAUCGUAAGAAGAUUGGCCACAAGCGUAUGGUGGUUUCGUACAUCAAGGAUCCUACUUCGGCGGAAUCGUCCGCCCUGCGCUGCCAGGUGGCCGGUUUGCUGAAGGAUGUCCCGUUUUGUAGCCUGCCUAUCAACCGUUUCCGUGAGCUGUUUCAAUCACGCUUCAAGUCUUCCAUUAGUGUCCUCGACCUGUACCGCAUGCAGGAUGUGUGCGUGAUAGCGCUCGAUAAAAACGAAGAGAAGCACAUCUCGCUCCAACCGGUGUUGAUCGAUACGCUGAAGAACAGUUCGCUCGUGGAGACGUCGCAGCACAGUGUCCCGUACUGUAUGUAUCACUUUAAGCAGGAGAAGGAAAAGGGCUGGGCUGAACAGGAGGUCGAGCCGUUGCCAAACGUUAUGAUGACCAUUAAUCAGCUGCAGUCGCUUGUGUAUUCGCUGCUCAAGUCUCACAAGAACGACAUACCUGUGGCAAGUAUUCUGUACUGCAUCGAGCAUGAGCUGCAGGUAAAGAUUGUGCCCAACGAUAAUGGUGUGCCGAUGGAGCAUUUGCUGUGUUGCAUCCGUGGAGUACAAAUAGCGAACAAUAGUUUUGGCAUUAAAGUACUGUCCUGGAUGGAUCACGAACAGAACUCGACCAAGGAUAACGAUGAUGCUUGGUCCGUCAAUUUGCGUUACAUGCCGAAAAGUCCAUCCAACGAGUUCCUUCAACAGAUCUCACGCGAGGUCGUUGAGCUGAUCAAGAUGUCACCAAAAUCCACGAUGAAGUUUACGCGUUUCAUUCCCGCCUAUCAUAACCACUUUGGCAAACAAUGCCGGGUAGCGGACUAUGGAUACACGAGACUGAUCGAACUGUUUGAGGCUCUCUCACCAGUCGUGCAAGUAAUGGGAGAUGGUGAAAACCGUCACAUUACCCUAACCCAUCGCACACAGAUACGCCGGUUUACGAACGAUCUGCUAAAGAUCUUGCGCAACCGUGCCAACAAGUCGAUACUGCUGUCCCAGCUGCCAAUGGUAUUCAUGCAUGCUCAAAAUCGGCCCUUCGACGUGACCGACUACGGUGUGUGCAAUCUGUACGACAUUGUGGAUGGGUUGGUGUACAGCAAUUCCAUCACGACAAAGGUACACAACGACAACGAUGUGAUGAUUUCGAUCGUCAAACGUAAACAGACUCUACCCGAGCUGGACAAGACAAGUGUAUUUGCCGGUGAAGUGGUGGAGCUGUUCCGGAAAGCGCCUCAGUUCUCGAUACUGUUUAAGAAGUUUGUUCGAUCGUACCACUAUCAUUUUGGGUAUCAGUGUCGUCUGAGCGAUUAUGGACUGCUGAAGCUAGCGGAUCUGCUUGAAUCAAUAAGCGGAAUUGUUGAGAUGGAGCAAACCAACGAUGAGGAUCGUAAGAUUUAUCUCAACUAUCAGGUUGCGCUACGUAUCUUCGCGGAGCAGGUCCAGGAGAUCAUCAAGACAUGCACUGGUAAACCGUGCACUGUCGUGCGGCUGUCGGCUAUUCUGAACAUUCACAAGAGUCAAUACGGCUAUCAGCUUCAACCGGGCUGCCUAGGAUUCAGCAAUAUGUACGACGCGAUGAAAGCUCUACCGUACACCGAAGUAUUUGAGUCUGGCGGUGAGUACAUGGUAGUAUCGCAUCUCGAAGAUCCUGCCUUUCGCAUGCGAACGUACGCCGUUUGUAUGGUGCUGGCGGAGACACGCAAAGAUCGCAUUUCCCUCUCGGAGUUGGUGCGUAGCUAUCAUUUACGAUUCAAGGAGUUCCUGAACGAAAAGAAUAUUUGCAAUAUGAAACAUGCGCUGACGAUUGAAAUGGAUAAGGGCUUGCAAACGGUGUCACUGACGGCGUUGAUGGAUUUUGUCAUGCGAAUGGUGCAAGUGGUCAAACAACGACCGUCUAUCAGCGUGUACGAUCUAAAACUGGCCAUGAAUGUGUCGUUAGGAACGUGCUUUGAAUUUGGAUUUCCCAAUCUGGUGUCUGUACUGAACGCUUUUUCGGACGUGUUUGUGGCUAGCAAUACUACUUUCAUCGGUGAAAAAAGUGAUAUUGAAUUAAAUCGUGACUGUAUUUUAUCUAAAACAUUGAAUACAUUAGAAGAAAGCUCUUUCAUGAUGUAUGCAUCACAGGCUAACCUAGCACAAAAUAACAAAAAUGUAGCAAAUGAUACUCGCUAUCCAGCUGCUCCCAUACCUUCUGGAGGUUGUUAUCCUAAAGAUCCGGUACCAUUCCGUAACAUGGCCAACACACAGUACCAGCAGCAGCGCCAUUCAGGGGGCAAUGAUUAUGCAAAUCCUUUGUUUAAAGCUCUGCAACAACCACCUGCUCCACAACCGUUGCAAGCUAUACAGCAACAUUCGAUACAAUACAACCAACAGCAGCAAGGACCACCGAAUUCUUACUACGCAAACAAUCGCAUGCAACAGAACACGCUUCAGCACAAUAACUACGGCAAUGGAAAUAAUCCAUCAAUGCUUUCCACAAUGGCACACGGACCAUUGAUGGGACAGCAUUCCAACGAAUUUGGCACUCAAUUUGAUAAGGAAAACAUCCACCCGCUACCGAACGGUUAUGGUAUUCAGGGGCUAAUGGGCACGAAUAGCAAUAGUAACAAGUUUCCAUCAGCCUUUCCACAAGAUCAGCAGACAAAUGUGUUCCAGUCGCUUAAAAUGCCUACUACGAAAGGACUAACAGAGCAAUUGGCUAUGCAUAAUCCUCGAGUGCAAUGUCAAGAUAAUUGGAAGAAGAAGGGUGAACAUUUAACCGAUUUGUCGCUAUCCCGCAAAUCUAUGAUGGAUGUGGUUUCCGCGUACUGGGAGCCACCAAAACCCGAUACUCCGACAGAAAUGAAUCUUCCAUUCUGGCUGGAUCCUGUCUGGAGUGAUUCUCUACAAAACCUGGACAACAUUUCCAUGCGCUCAGAUGCCAGCAAGAUGCUUAACAUUCCUAUUCCGGAGCUGAAAACAAUCAACAAUCUACCGCCCCUGGAUACGCCACUCGCAAUGCUGUCGGAGAAACUAUCGUCGUUUUCUUUUGAUCAAGAUAAGUAGCGAUCAUGUCCCUUUCAUCCUGACAGGCAGUCGAUUGAGUCGACCACAAGCUGUCGGUGACGGUUAGGCACUCGCGCGAGACCCUUACAAACGCGGGCGAUAUCCUUUUCUUGGAGAUUGAUCGACUGCUUUCCCUUUCGGUCAAGCUUCAUCCCAGCCCGGCAAGGAUCAUAAUCCUGUUUGCCAUUGGAAGGAUUUUCAAGGAGAUCGAUUUUCCGAAAGGGAUAUAUUUCACUGGAAGUUGAAUUGUUCGUGGAAACGAUAGUAUAGCAUCAACGAGGGAGAAAAGAGACAGUGGGGCCAAUUAAGCGAACCUGAUUCAUUACUCAGAUCGGGAGCGGUGCAAGCACCAAAGAAAGCUCACCAAAACUCGUACAAUUUCUAGUAUUUGUGACUAUUGGAGAAGAAACUGGAGGGAUGUUACGAAGUCCGAAGGAGUGCGACAUUGUACCACAACAAAACAUUGUAAUGCAUAACCCUUUGUACAAUGGAACAAUCUUGAUUCCGGAUCGCUUUUCUGGUCAAAAGCGAGCAACAGUGCCGGAGAGCCAAGAUUAGCCAAGUAAACCAAACACACAAUGUCCCCUUAUCGGUAACGGCAGGAGUGAGCAGCAAAUGAGCCGCGAAACAACAUGAACGAAUUUACAUUCGUGAAAAACACACAGCAAGAAAAGUGCGCAAGUCAAGCUCCCGUGUGCCCGAUGCCGUCGAGGCUUUUAGCAAUUAUCAUAGCUUUAUGUGAAACAAUUUUAACCGUCAUAAUUAAUAAUUUAUUAUUCGGCCAUAAAGAGAAAGGUGUGAUUGUUACCUGUUAGCGAGUGUUUCUGCAUGUUAUCGAUUUUAUCGACGCAUUGUUUCUGUUAUUAAAAGAUUUUAAUCGUUGAGCUGGGGUUGUGCAAUAGCUCGCUAGAUUGUAAGCAAAAGGUGAGGAUAAUUUUUAGUUAAAAAAAGGCUAGGCCAUAUCCAAUGGUAGGUUCGUUCGCCAAUUGUAUUGAUUGCAUGCAUAAACGUUAAUUUGUAGAUUUAAUCGAUUGCUGCGCGAGUGCCAUGUUUAUGAACAAUCAGUUGUCCUUACAAAACACGUCAUGUUUGCUUGUGCGAGGCCUUCAAACCUAAGCUAGUAUUAACUUCCACCGUUGUUAAUGUACUUAAUAAAUUUUCUGUUCUUCUGUAA